GUGAGUUUUCGUUUUUUUCUCUUAGAGCUGGAGGCGGGACCAAGACCAACCUCAAACCAGGCACACCAUUGAUCAGGCUAGAAUGAUGUGGAACAGUCUCACAGACAACAGCUAAGCACAGGGGAAAUAUUAGCUGGCAGAGAUAACGAACAGGAAACACUCAGUGACAGAUGCACCAUCUGUCAGUUUCGGAGAAGCGAUUUUCAAGAAAGCAGAAAAUGAAAUGAAGAAGAGAGUGGUUUUGUUUCAAAGGUACAGCACAGCCUAAGGACGUUUUAAACAAAAAAUUGAGGCGAAGGAAGCAUGUGACUGGCUCCGCGCUGCCGGGUUUCCGCAGUACGCUCAGUUAUAUGAGGACUCACAAUUUCCCAUCAACAUUGUGGCUGUCAAGAACGAUCAUGAUUUUCUUGAAAAAGACCUUGUAGAACCUCUUUACAGACGACUAAAUACCUUGAACAAGUGUGCCUCAAUGAAACUUGAUGUGAACUUCCAAAGGAAAAAGCCACCUGUAAAUGCGCGUCAUCCUUGAUGUUUCCCAGGGUGACGACUCUGAUGAGGAAGAUCUCUGCAUCAGCAACAAAUGGACUUUCCAAAGGACCAGCCGCCGGUGGUCUCGCGUGGACGACCUCCACGCAGUGUUUCCCGGCGGAGACAGAAACGGGUCGUCAGGAGACAUUACGAUGAGAAACACGACCAGCAGUGAGAGCGUCCUCACCGACCUGAGCGAGCCCGAGGUCUGCUCCAUUCACAGCGAAAGCAGCGGCGGGAGCGACGGCCGCAGCCAGCCGGGCAGCUACGGCGCCGGCCGGGAGGCCUUGGACGGCCCCGGGCACUACUGCGCCCACGGCCCAGCCAUGCUGGACGCCACGCUGGGCGGCAGCAGCCUCCCGCCGUCCCCCAGAGACGGUCUCCAGCACCCUUUGCACCCAAAGAAUGAGAAGCCCUCCCGGGCCAGAGCCAAAUCCUUUCUGAAACGCAUGGAAACACUGCGAGGGAAAGGAGCGCAGGGAAGGCAGAAGGGGUCCGGGCGGACCGGGGGCUUGGUGAUCAGCGGCCCGGUGCUGCAGCAGGAGCCCGAGUCCUUCAAGGCCAUGCAGUGCAUCCAGAUUCCAAAUGGAGAUCUCCAGAACUCACCCCCCGCUGCCUGCAAAACAGGGCUUCCGGGCCCCAGCAAAUGGAGCGGUGAGAGCAGCCCGUCGGAAAACAGCAGCAGCGGGGUGAGCACGCCCGGCCUGAAGGAGCGAAGAUGCCAGGAGGCCCACAAGCGCGGGGGCAUGUACUUAGAAGACCUGGAUGUGCUGGCGGGGACAGCACUGCGGGGUGCAGGGGACCAAAACCACGCCCGCGAGUUUCAUUCCCAAGAGAACUUGGUGGUGCACAUUCCCAAGGACCACAAACCAGGCACGUUCCCCAAGGCGCUCUCUAUCGAAAGCCUCUCACCAACAGACAAUAGCAGCGGGGUUAACUGGAGGACUGGAAACGUCUCCCCGGGCAGACGACCGGGCCCUGGGGCCGGGGAGCCCAGGCUCAUGGCGUCCUGCCACAGAGCGAGUCGAGUUAGCAUCUAUGACAACGUCCCUGGCUCCCACCUGUAUGCCAGCACCGGGGAUCUUUUGGACUUGGAGAAGGACGAUCUCUUCCCUCACUUGGACGACAUUCUGCAUCAUGUCAACGGGCUCCAAGAGGUAGUGGAUGACUGGUCCAAAAACCUGUUACCUGAACUGCAGGCACAUAACGCACUGUCCGGAGAAGCUGGCUUCUGCCCCUUUCCCCCUCCUAGUCAGAUCACCUUAGAUUUCGAAGGCAAUUCUGUCUCCGAAGGUCGGACAACACCCAGUGAUGUGGAAAGAGAUGGAGCGUCUCUUAAUGAAUCAGAGGCUGCUGGGGUCAGAGAAAGGAGGGACUCUGGAGUAGGGGCCUCUCUGACCAGGCCAAACAGGCGACUCCGGUGGAACAGCUUCCAGCUCUCACACCAGCCGCAGCCGUCCACGGCGUCGCCCCACAUCAGCGGUCAGACAGCCGGCCAGCUGAACCUGCUCCAGCGCUUCUCCCUGCUUCGCCUCACGGCCAUCAUGGAAAAGCACUCCAUGUCCAACAAACACGGCUGGACGUGGGCAGUUCCAAAGUUCAUGAAGAGGAUGAAAGUUCCUGAUUACAGAGACAAGACAGUCUUUGGCAUUCCUCUCAUCGUUCAUGUCCAGAGAACGGGACAGCCCCUGCCACAGAGUAUCCAGCAAGCCCUGAGGUAUCUACGCAGCAACUGCCUCGAUCAGGUGGGUCUUUUUCGAAAAUCAGGCGUGAAGUCUCGAAUCCAUGCCUUACGUCAAAUGAACGAGAGCUUUCCUGAGAACGUCAGCUAUGACGACCAGUCCGCUUACGACGUGGCGGAUAUGGUGAAGCAGUUCUUCCGGGACCUUCCUGAGCCUCUUUUCACCAACAAGCUCAGCGAGACCUUCCUCCACAUCUAUCAGUACGUCCCCAAAGAGCAGCAGCUGCAGGCAGUGCAGGCGGCCAUCCUGCUGCUGGCCGAUGAGAGCAGGGAGGUGUUGCAGACGCUGCUGUGCUUCCUCAACGACGUGGUCCAUGCGGUGGAGGAGAAUCAGAUGACGCCCAUGAACCUGGCUGUGUGUCUGGCCCCCUCCCUCUUCCAUCUGAAUUUGCUGAAGAAGGAAAGCUCCCCCAGAGUCAUCCAGAAGAAAUAUGCCUCCGGGAAGCCAGAUCAAAAGGACCUCAGUGAGAAUCUGGCCGCAGCUCAGGGGCUGGCCCACAUGAUCAUGGAAUGCGACAGACUUUUUGAGGUCCCGCUUGAGAUGGUGGCCCAGUCUCAUGACUCAUAUAUGGAGGCUGAGAUCCAUCCCCCAACUCUGGAAGACCUGGGGGCCCAGCUGGAGGAGAGCGGGGCCACUUUCCACACGUACCUGGAGCAUCUCAUCCAGGGCCUCCAGAAGGAAGCCAAGGAAAAGUUCAAAGGAUGGGUCACGUGUUCCAACACAGACAACACAGAUCUUGCUUUCAAAAAGGUGGGAGACGGGCAUCCGCUGAAGCUGUGGAAGGCUUCUGUGGAGGUGGAAGCGCCCCCCUCGGUGGUUUUGAAUCGCGUGCUGAGGGAGCGUCACCUGUGGGAUGAGGAUUUCGUGCAGUGGAAGGUGGUGGAAACCCUGGACAAGCAAACAGAAAUCUAUCAGUACGUGCAGAACAGCAUGGCGCCUCACCCUUCCAGAGACUUCCUGGUUCUCAGGACCUGGAAGACUGAUUUGCCCAAAGGAAUGUGCACCCUGGUGUCCCUCUCCGUGGACCACGAGGAAGCCCAGCUCAUGGGUGGUGUGCGGGCUGUGGUGAUGGACUCUCAGUACUUAAUGGAGCCGUGUGGGUCAGGCAAGUCGAGGCUGACCCACAUCUGCAGGGUGGACCUGAGAGGUCACUCCCCAGAAUGGUACAAUAAAGGCUUUGGACAUCUGUGUGCGGCGGAAGUUGCCAGGAUUAGAAACUCUUUUCAGCCCCUCAUUGCUGAAGGUCCAGAAACUAAAAUCUGAGUUUUCCCCAGUGUGACAUCAAACUCAGGGAAGAGGAAGUGAAAGUAAACACUUGUGGGAGAGAGUGUGCGCGUGAGAAAGCAAGGGAGAGAGAGAAAGCGAUUGACAAUGCUUAAAAGUGGAAGCACUGAGAAGUCGGAAUGUUGAAGAUGCAAGAAUUUCUGGGAACUUUCCUAGCCUUCCUGGAGACGGCUACAUCCCUACUAAUAUAAUAUUUUUAAAAAUCAGAACAUUUAUCUAUGUUACUUAAAAUUAAAUGGAUUAUUCAUUGUGCAUUGCCUAAUUUGCUAUUUAAAGGCUUCUAAGAAGCGUAUUCUUAACUGUAAAUAAAUGUAUGUAUAGCGUAUGUACAUAUGUGUGUAUAUCUCUAUCUUUACUGUAUAUAUGUAAAAUAUCAAUUUUAUAUAUAAUUGCAUAUUUUGAAAAGGAACAAGUCUGAUUCGGUGAGUCCCUUCCUCACCUGGUUCUUUCCAAGUUGUUCUGGGCGCUGUCUCCCCGCCGUCCUGUGAGCUGAGCAGAAUCUGCUGCUGACACCGAAGUGUGACAAUAUGUCAUCUGCCCUGAUGUCUUACCAAAGAUUAGCCAACCAAAGGAGAACACGUUAAAUGGUCCUUACAUGUUGUCAGCUUGUUGGUGUUAUUCAAACACAGAGAGUGGGCUGUUGGAUAAAGCAAAGAAAAUAAUAUUUAGUCCUCUUUAAAGCAAAGAAGUGGGUGAGGAGUCGUUCCCGCAUUUAAGGCUAGAUUACCGCUUGCCAUGGGGCCAGCAGAUACAGCUUUCAGUGACAUGUUAGACGCCUAUGGACCACUGGAGUCAGCCCAGUGACUGAAAGAGAGCCUGUACUUCCCUGCUGAUUAGAGCUGAGUAUAAUAGCUUUUGCAGAUUCACAGCCAAAGGGAGCCUCUGUGUUCUGUUGAGUUUUCAUACUUACAUUUCAUAAUGUUCUUAAAUGUCAUUCUAGUUGACCAGUGGCCUAUUUGUCCACAGUUAAUUGGCAUUUUCUUACCAAUGUAUUGCACUGAAUUUAACUCUGGACACCAGAUUAAGGGAGAUGAUGGUCAUUCAAGAGUCCUGGACCAUUUCAGCUUCAGGGAAUUCUACUAUUGCUACAUAUGAUGCUCUUAAGAUAGAAUUCAUUAAAGUUUUGCAAUCUGAAAGACAGGGUUUUUAAACUAAUGUUAAGACCAAAACUGUGUUCUUUAAAUUAGUUUUAGAAAAUAUAAACAGGUCUGUUAAAUUCCAUGUUUCUUCAUUAGUCAGUCAAGCUACCUACGCAUUUGACCCAACCUUAUUUAUUAUUGUAUAGACUAAGCAAAUGGACUAUCCUUAACCAAUUGCUAAUGGAUUUAAGUUGGUUUUUUAUUGUAAUUCAACAAUGCUAGAGAGAAAGAUAAUUUAUUGUGUUUGGUUUCAGGGAGAGAUUGGUAUCAUAACUUAGCAAUUCAUGCUGGAGAAAAAAAAAUUAAGAGUGUUUUCCUUUCUUUUUAUAUUGUAUGCAUUUAUAUAAUGUCUUCUUUUAUCAGCAAUGUGCAAUUCUUUUAUUGAGAGAAAUAAAAAUGCUAUAUAUGA